CUGAGAACACCGUGUUUUCUUGUCCCCCGCCCGUGUGUUCAGGCUGGCCCUCGCUUAAGCGAUUUGUCCCGAUGUAAUGGAUGAGGACAGAUAUGAAUACAUGUGUGUACGUCCUCCAUUACAUCACUUGUGCAUCCACAAUCAUCAUGAGACUGCUGCUGUCACAUUGUUCUCUCACGCGAUGCCUCUCAUCCUGGCCAGAAUGCCUGACUGCUCCGCCUUUCUGUUGUUGCGCAGCGAAGCGGCCAGCUUCGAAACUGACACACACACAGCCAUCACACGUCUCUCUGGCUAGCUUUGUUCGUGUUCGUCAUCUCACCCUGUGUGUCCUGUUGGAUGUGGUACUGCUCGGCCUGACUCGACAGCAACGACUCGAUACCCAUCAGCAACAUGGCCUUGCGCGGGUCUGUCGGAUACGGCCACCUGAACACCUCACAGUAACGAUCUGCACACAGAGACAGGACACGAAGGAGCCGUGUCUCUUGUUGUUGAUGUGCCUUAUGCAUGUGUGUGGAGAGAGAUGCCGACCUCCGAUUCGCUGUGUGGAUGUGCGUUCGAAGCCCAGCUCGUUGCGGAGCGCUUCGCGAGUGUUCUCCAACAGCUGAACACACACAUGCAAACGCACAGGCGCAUUCAGUACGGUAGGAAAGUGACAGGGCGGAGAGGCCUCACCGCUGUCUGACUGAUUUGGAGAGGGAGAAUCUCAUCUCGGAUCGAGCAGAAACCCAAGUUGGGGUCGAAAUACGAGCGCCUGUUUGGACAGACAAGACACAUACAUACCAACAGACAAGACACGUGGCCCACUCAUUCACAUGCUGUCUCUGUGUGUCUUUUCGCACCUGCCCCUUAGUUUCCUGCAGACCUCAUCGAGGCCGCCCAUGGGCUGGCCAGGAAUCAGAAUGGGCCUCUCCCGUCUGCUGAACAGUUCCAUGUCUCUGUCAUCGACGCCCUCGCCUCGGGAUUUGGUCCUCCCGCGCAUCAUGUCACGGUAUGUGAAGUGAGAGUACUUGUCGCACCUGCAGCCAUGGAUGUCACACAUACGAAGACCAGAUCCAGCCAUCCGUCAAACCAUGCAUGCGCAGCGGCGCUUUGCACACACACCUGCCGUCUUGUGUGGAGUAGAACCAUCGGUUGCUGUACUGUCCACCAGAGCAGAUGGCGUCGCGGAUGAGGUUGUCCUGACACGCACACACAAAGAGAUCCGUGCGUCUCGUCCCUCUCCUUCACUCAUGUUGUCCACCUCCACAUCGCCGCCAGUCAUCCUGACAAAGACGUUCUGGUAGUGUCGCUUGGCGUGGCUGCUGUCGCGCUGGAUGAGCAGCGAUCCCGCGCCACUGUUGUUGACGUCCACAGAGAAGGGAUGAGACGCGUCCUCAAUCAGCCGCUCGUCGUUCAUUGUCUCCACCUCACUGCACAGAGACAAGAUGGAUGGAUGGAUGGAUGGAUGGAUGGAUGGGUGGGUGUCUCUCUGUCCCUCUGUGCGUGUCCGUCAUGUUGUGCACCUCUGGCUGGAGACGGGCAGCACGAUGAGCAAGGAACCCCCACAUUCAGUACGGAACCGCAUGAAUCCCUCCCAACCACAUCGACAAGAGGGAGGGAGAAAGAGAGAGGAUCGUAGUGUACGUGUGCCGGUGGGAACACACGGGGAGACGCAAUCACUCACAGAGAUAUACGCGAGAACAGGUUCGGUACGGACAUCCGUGCAAUCAGUCCACAUACGAAUGAACCAUGCAUGGCAGAGUGUCUGACAACACGGCGUGUGGAAGGCAUAAAUGACCAUACGCAAAUCGGCCGAUGCACACGCAUCGCGCUAGAACGCAGCAGAUGUGCUAUCGACAUGCACAGGUAGACUAUCGACAGAUUUCCCGUCACUCGCAGUCACGACACCAACACAGAGAGAGGCCAACAAACACAUCUCACAUGCACCACACAAAUCUCUGGGCCGCCGUUUGUUCUCUUGUGUCUCGCGUCCUUGCUGCGACUGUCGUCCCUUCGGCGGCUGGUGGCCCAACGUUGACAGGCGCUCAAUGGUCCUCUUGAGUCUCUCGUGGAAGUGGUUGGUCAGCCUAAUCGUUGGUCCAAGCGGGCGGGUGUCCUCAUUCUGUCUUGAGUGCUGGCUUCUGUCACGUCUGUCUUGCUGUCCCCACGGUCAGGACGAUACCAGCAGUCCGAGGAAAAGUGGCCGCUGUCGCGAUUGUGGCAGUGCUUGCAGUAAUGGCGAGUAUGAUCCUCCGUACAGCCACGAACACGACACUGGCGGCGACCCUGUGCAACAGAAGGGCACAGGGGGAAAGAAAGGAGAGGUCACUCGUGUGUUUGGCUGUACGUGCGGCGAGGCUUACUCGGCGAGAGGCAGAGCCGGUGUUGUUUCUGGGAGCCACGGGAGCGAAAGGCAUGGUGACACUCACGGACACAGGAGAAAAGCGGAAUGUUCAGGAAAGGAAAGAACGGAAGGAAGAAAAGCGAACGGAAG